AUGGAACUCACAAGACUUCUUGCUUGCCUGGCUGUUUCCUUGCCAGUUGCCUAUGGUGCCCCUACUGAGACAGCGGAAAGCCUCCAUCCCCGGAUCCUCGAUGCCAUGAAGCGCGACCUGGGCCUCGAUGCUGAGCAGGCCGUUUCUCGUGUCAAGCGAGACAUCGACGCCUCUGAGCUCAUUGGUCAGCUCCAGGCCUCCGCUGGUGCUUCUUUCGCUGGCGCCUGGAUCGGCGAGCACGAUGAGAAGAUCAAUGUUGCCAUCACUGAUGAAACUUCGGCUGAAAAGGUGACCGCUGCCGGAGGCAACCCCGUCAUCGUGUCCAAUACCCUAUCCAAGCUCGAGCAGGCCCAAGAAGCUCUUGAUAACACCGACAUCGAGCAGGCUUCUAUAAUGAGCACUGACGAGACGAAGUCUGGUAUCGCCAGCUACUAUGUCGAUGUGGCCAGCAACAAGCUAGUCAUCGAGGCUCUCGCUGAUAGCCUCGACCAUGCCAAGGAGCUCGCUAAGAAGGUCGGCCUCUCCGAGUCUGAGUUUGAAAUUCGCACAGUUGAAGAGAUGUUCACCACUAGUGCGACUAACGUCUACGGCGGUGACGCCUACAUCAUCGGAGGAAACACCAGAUGCUCCAUCGGUUUCAACGUCGGUUAUGGCUUCGUCUCCGCUGGACACUGUGGCAAGACAGGUAACAAGGUGACCUACAACAACCAGGCUAUGGGUAGUUUCGCUGGUUCUACCUUCCCUGGAUCGGGCGACAUGGCUUACAUCAAAGUUGACACCAAGACAUUCAACCUCAUGGCUCGCAUCAAUCCAUGGGGAGGAAGCGACAAAAACCGCCUCCCUGUCAGGGGUAGUAAGGAAUCCGCCGUCGGAGCCAGCAUCUGCCGCUCCGGCUCCACCACCCAAGUCCGCUGUGGUAAGGUCACAGCCCUGAAGGUGACUGUCAACUACUCUCAAGGACGCGUCACUGGAAUGACCCGAACCAGCGCCUGCGCUGCAGGCGGUGACUCUGGUGGUUCUUUUUACACCGGUGAUCAGGCCCAGGGUAUCACCUCUGGAGCAUCGGGUAACUGCGAGGCCGGUGGCACAACCGUCUUCCAGCCAAUCAAUCCGGUUCUGUCUGCUUACAACGUUGGUCUGCGCAAGGCGGCUUAG